AUGUCAAACAACAUGAGCUUAUCCGUUAACGGCCAAUCCCAAGUGCCUCCCGGGUUCCGAUUCCACCCGACCGAGGAAGAGCUCCUCCGCUAUUACCUCCGCAAGAAGGUCGCCUACGAAAAGAUCGACCUCGACGUUAUACGGGAGGUCGACCUCAACAAGCUCGAGCCAUGGGACAUUCAAGAGAAAUGCAAAAUAGGUUCGACUCCGCAGAACGAUUGGUACUUUUUCAGCCACAAGGAUAAGAAAUACCCGACCGGGACACGAACGAACCGUGCCACCGCAGCCGGUUUUUGGAAGGCGACCGGUCGGGAUAAGCCCAUUUAUAGCACCGGAAAACGUAUCGGGAUGCGGAAAACUCUUGUGUUCUAUAGAGGUCGAGCUCCGCACGGCCAGAAAUCCGAUUGGAUCAUGCACGAAUACAGACUAGACGACAACCACAACAACUGCAGCAACAAUAUUCACGAUAUCUCCACUCAUCAAGCACCGAACACUAUCAUCGGUCGUCACGACCAGUCGGGCCCGGAAGAAGGAUGGGUCGUUUGUCGGGUUUUCAAGAAGAAAAACUACCACCACAAGACAUCAUCAUCGGCACCGAAACUUGACUCGCCGGAGAACAACAAUCACGACGAAAACAACAACGUCCUCGAUCAAAUACUAAUGUGCAUGGGAAAAUCGUCGCCACCGUUGGAAAAUCACUACCAAAGCACGGAAUUUAUUCCUGAUCCAGCUUUCGUGAACCUUCCGGGCCUCGAAAGCCCUGCUCGUGACCCAUGCAGCUUCAAAUUAUCUCCUUGCAACAGCCGGGCCGAACAAGAAAUCGGGCCAGAGGUCACGGAUUGGGCCGCGCUCGACCGACUAGUGGCCUCUCAGCUCAAUGGGCAAUCUAAUUCCAAGCAAUUUUGCAGCUUUGGAUCGAACGGCCAGGAUUUUUCUUUCUUUCAAUUCGACGAACAAGAUCACGAGGUGCAACAAAUGGUCGGCGUGCAAAAUUCCGAAAGAUCGAAUCAUCGGAUUUCGACCGAUUUCUGGGGCUUUGCCAAGUCGUCGUCGUCGUCGUCAGCGCUGUCAUCAUCAUCGUCCGACCCUCUCUCUCACUUGUCUGUAUGA